UUUAUUUUUAUAGGCAAUAUUUAGACUCGUUCACCGUUAAAUGUAACGCCACAGCAGCGACGUUCGGAGCGUUUAUUUUCCUAUGCUAAGCAAGUACAGCCACACGUACACAGAGGCAAAAGCAAAAGUCCACAAUUAGAGAUGUCAGACCUUGUUUAACUACAUCUUAAUUUAAUCCGUUUUAUUUUAUACAAUUCUACAUCUGGAUCUCAUUUUCUGUAUUCCUGUAGGUAUUCCGGGUCACUAUUAAGAACCCUUUCAAGUUAGCAAAGUUCAGCCAAGUCUACCUUAAUCCAAAACCUUUAAAAGAAACAAUAAAACGCGAAAGGGGGUGGAAGGCGACAGAGAAACCUAAACCAAAACGCUACUUCACCCCACCUCCUAAUGCACCUGAACGUCGGGAGGGACCGGCCUCCCAGCACAGACCCCGCGCAGCACUUCCCGUUUCGGGGGUGCUGGGUGGGAGUUUGAGCAUCGCUCCCGCACGCCCGGCCGAGGGGAAGGGAGGGCGGGACCCCCGGCAGCAUCCCCUCACCUGCAGCGGGAAUGCGGCUCUGCCCAGCAUCAGCGCACCAUCCCUGCCUGCCGCAGCCUCCGGCCCGCAACAACGCCGCCUCCGCGGGGGCCAGGGUGGGCAGCCGCCGGCUUUCGAGCCAAUUUAUUUAAACGGGAGGCAGCGGCGGGUUUGGAGAGGCAGGGCAGCGCCUUGCUGCGCCAAUCAACUGGGAGACACGCGUGUUGCAAUCCCAUUCACGGCGGGAGCAGCACCGAUACAGCGCCUGACAGCCCCCCCGGCCCGCCCCGGCCUUAUCUGCAGCCCGGCAACUCAAUUAAACCGUGGGGCCGCCGUUCCCCCCGGGGCCGGGGGAGGGAGGCCGCUCCGCGAGGACUUUCCCUCGCAGGAAACGGCACUUCUGGGCUCCCCCGAGCCAGCACAGUAAAGCAUCAAUAUUCCGCUCGCCUGUCAGAUCCUGGACAGCAGGAGAGGCUGGAGAGCCCGUGAAUUAUGUAACGUGCCCUGCCGCCGCCGCGGGGAGAUGCGCUGCCAUGCCCCCCCCCCUCCGGCCGGGACGCUCCCGCGCCCUCCCCGCCGCUGCCCUGCCGAGCCCCCGCUCCGCGCACCGGGCGCUCGCCCCUUCCCACCCCGCGGGACCCUCCGCCGCUCCCUCCCUCGCUCGCUGCCGCCUGUCCCCCCGCGUCCCCUCCCCUGGCGGUGCCCGCGGCGCUCGCAGGGCGGCGGCCGGAGCCCCGCGGCCGGCGGAGCGGAGCGGAGCGGAGCAGAGGGAGCGGAGCGGAGCGAGGGCCGGCACCCCGCGGCGGCGGCGGGGAGCGCCCGCCCGCCCGGCCGGCACCACAGCGCCCCCAGCCCCCGCCGCUCCGCGCCUGCACCGCCAGCCCGCCCGGCGCCCCCACACAAAGUCCCAGCACUCGAUGAAAGAGGCUGGAGUUCCUAUCUUCACCCUUUCUCCACUGCCUCCCUGUUCUACCAGUCUGUUCUGUGUCCAGGCAACUGCAAAAAGACAUUUCAAAGGCUCCUGCCGUGCCAUGUAGAUGUGUUCUCUUGUUAGUUUGGACUGCAGGUGUGUAAGCCUCAAGGAUGAAGUAUGGUGGUGCUGUUUUAGGUUCGGGGCACACAGUCAUGGCGCAAUAAAUCACACAGGAACGCUCCGCUUUGAACGCGGGCGCAUAGAGAAGGGAAAAGAAAAAAGCAUCUGACCUGAAUCAUUUUCUGGAAACACAUCUGGUUAAAAUCCAAAGUUUUAAAUUGAGUAAUAUUUUAAAAUACAUUUGGUGGGUAUUAAAUUACAGUGUUAUAUCUGGUAAUAUUUAUGAUACUAAUGUGUUAAGCGGAGGUUUAUAUCUGUCAAGAAAUAUGAAUGAUUGUCAUAUGGGGUAACAAAUGAAUCCUGAUAUAAAUAACAUUUUAUGAUAUUUUUAACAUUAUUGUAGUAUUUU